GUUGCAGUGUGUUUUUUGACUGCUGGGACUGUGAUGUAUUCUAAUGCAGCAGCGACAGCAGCCAUCGUAGUAGUCAAGGGAGAAGCUUCGUUAUCCAGCUGAUCGAAAGCUUGAACGGGCCGGCAAAUCGCCGCCUGCUUUUCGUCAUGACCAGCACCGACGACGAUGCACUCAUCGUCAGUGAACCAGUUCAGGUCUCUGGAGAUGUUAUUGACGCUGUGAUGGGACCCUCCUCCGAGCCGACACUCAGCAAAAGCGCGAUGAAAAAAACUGCUCGAAAGCAAGCCUUGCAAGAACACAAAAAGGAACGGCGUGCCCGGGAGAAGGAAAUGAGGAAAGAGAAGAAGAAAACAUUGCAUCAGAAACGGUUGGCUGGAGAACUUGAUGAAGAUGAGAAAGCACUACUGGAACAGAGGCGAAAAAAGCGGAGAAAGUUGGAACCUUUUGGCGGGAGGGUUGUCGUGGAUCUAGGUUUCGAUGAGAAAAUGUCAGAGAAGGAAAUCAGUUCUUUGACAUCGCAGCUCGCGUAUAUGUACAGCGGAAAUCGCAAUGCUUCUUUCCCCUUCUCGUUAAUCUACACAUCUCUCGAUGGUCGCACGUAUGAUCGCCUAGAAGCCAUGAGCGAUGCCGCCUACAAACGUUGGUCCCAAACCGAAUGGUGGCGGGAAGGAUACGAAAAAUUAUGGAUUGGCUCUGGCUCUGCAGCCAAUGCAGAAAAUCCAACGUCUGGCGUGAAGGAAAAGGUAGUUUACCUGACCGCAGACUCGGACGAAGAACUCGCUGAAUUGAAUUCAGAGGAGAUAUAUAUUAUCGGAGGAAUCGUUGAUCACAACAGAUACAAGAAUCUGUGUCUGAACAGGGCGAAAGAGGCAGGUAUCCGAACAGCACGCCUUCCAAUCGGUCGAUACGUCGCUUCCUUACCAACACGCAAAGUGCUGACAGUGAAUCAAGUCUUUGAAAUAAUGCUCAAGUGGGUUGAAACGAAAAAUUGGGAGGACGCAUUCUACUCCAUUAUUCCAAAGCGUAAAUUUCAAGGAAAAGGAAAGGAUGUCACUGAGCUCAUGACGGAUAAUGUUGCCUCGGAAAAUGCAAUCAACGAGCUUGCACCAGUCGCGGUAGCGGAAACCAUUGAAGGGGACACGAUUGCCGCAGAAGACUUGGGUGAGGAACCUUCCAUACUCGAACUAGAUGAGGAUCGUGCUAGGUCCUUGAAAACAGCAGACGAUGGCACGAAGCAUAAGACUUCGAGCUCAUAACACGUCUUUCAAGUUUGUUUUCCCAGAUCCUCGUUCAAGAGGUUUGGGCUGCGUGGGCGCAGGCUUCCAUCCAAUCUAGUUUGGCCAUGAGACGUGUUCUAAGAAGGACAGAGAAAACUUGCCAUGAAGAUUAUCUGGAAGGUCGCCGGGAUUGUACCAUCUUCGUUACCGUGUAGCUCUGUGGAGAGUUGUCAAUGAAAAUUCAAGGUACUGAGAGGGUUUGACCUUUGUAUAUGGC